AUGUUUAGACUACGGUUGGUUAGAUUCAAUUCCACUCAUUCGGAGGAGAAAUUAAGGAAGAUAAUAGAGUCUUCCAGUAUCAAACCAUCUCCUAAAACUAUCCCAUCGAUACCAAUACCUUCAACUGAAAGAAUUGAUUAUAAGGUUGGUGAAAAACAACUGUCUAAAGAUUUUGAAAAAUUCAGAGUUAGUCUAAAAUCUAAGAUCGAAGAUCUUCCUUCACAUAGAGAAGCCGUCAGAAAUAAUAUCACCAAGAACUUAUCGAAUUAUAUGGAAUCUUUCCAAAAAGCCAUUUUUGAAGCUACCAGAACAUUGAAUGACGUAACUGGAUAUUCUUCAAUUGAGAAGUUGAGAUCAGAUGUGGAAGAUUUGGAAAACAACUUGAAAUCAGCAAAGGCUGAAGUUUCGAAAGCUAAGGAAGCUUAUGCACAGGCAAUCCAGAUAAGAUCUCAGCUGCAAAAGGAUAUCAAUGAACUUCUAACCAGGAAACACAAUUGGGAUGCUCAAGAUUUGGAGAAUUUUACCACAUUAUAUAGGAACGAUCAUACCAAUGAACAGAAUGAAGUCAAUGCUCAACAGAAAUUAGAUGAAUUGGAAAGUUUGGUUGAUUCAAUUCAACUUAAACUUACACAAUCUAUAUUAACCAGAUAUCAUGAAGAACAAAUAUGGUCAGACAAAAUCCGAAGAGCGUCCACCUGGGGAACAUGGUUAUUAAUGGGAUUCAAUAUCAUGUUAUUUUUCACCGCUACGUUCAUAGUAGAGCCUUGGAAAAGAAGAAGAAUGGUCGAUUCUUUUGAUGCCAAAUUGAAAACUGCUCUACUCGCAUUAAAAGAAGGAGAUACUGAAGCAUUGACACCUUCACCUCCAACAGAAUUGAUCAAAGACACAAAGGAUGUGUUCAAUGUAACUUUACCUGUGAAUUCAUGGGAGAACUUCAAACAAGGAAUACUAACAACCUAUCAUGCCAUUACCAAUCCAGAAAUCACUGAUUUAAAUUUCAGCAAAACUGAAUUGGGAUGGUUGUUCUCCAUAUUCACCUUAUUUGCCACUUCACUAGGAUCAUUGAUCACUUUUUACUUCAAAUAA